AUGUCGAUCCAAGUUUCAGCAGUUCCUGAAGCCUUAACCCAAAGUAAAAACCGUCCUUCGGCAGAUUUUCAUCCCAGCAUCUGGGGUGAUUAUUUCCUCUCUCUCUCGGUGCAAAAGGAGCACAUCGAAAAAAUGAAGCAACAAGUCGAAGAAUUGAAGGAAGAAGUUAAAGGGUUGAUAAUGAAAUGUUCUCACAAAAAACCUUUGCAAAAGUUGGAGUUGAUUGAUGCAAUCCAACGUUUAGGUGUGUCGUACCAUUUUGAGAGGGAGAUUAACGAAGCAUUAGAAAAGAUCUAUAACUCUUAUGGAUUUCUUGUUGAAGAGGAUGAUGACCUUUACACUAUUUCACUUUGGUUUCGUUUGCUUAGGCAACAUGGUUAUUAUAUUUCAUGCGAUGUAUUUAACAAGUUCAAGUACGGAGAUGGUGAGUUUAAGGCAUCCUUAACUGCUGAUGUUCCUGCCAUGCUAAGUCUAUAUGAGGCAGCACACCUUUGCAUGCAUGGGGAAGAAAUUCUUGAUGGAGCCCUAGUUUUCACCACCACUCAUCUUCAGUCAGAGCUAAGUAAUAUGAACCCCGACCUCGCCGCAAGUGUCAUCUUCGCCCUUAACCGGUCCAUCCGUAAAAACAUACCGAGGUCAGAGACAAGACAUUACAUCUCUUUCUACCCUAAAGAAAAGUCCCACAACAAAACUUUGUUAAAGUUGGCACAGUUGGAUUUUAAUGUUUUACAAGCAUUGCAUCAAAAGGAAGUAGCUAACCUAUCAAGUAGGUGGUGGAAAAACUUGGACUUUCGAAGGAAGUUGCCUUAUGCAAGAGACAGACUAGUAGAAUUAUACUCUUGGAUUUAUGCAAUGUUUUUUGAACCCAAAUAUUCCCUUGCAAGAGUGUUAGUUACCAAAGUAGUAGCCAUGGCAUCCAUCAUAGAUGAUACCUUUGAUGCUUAUGGAACAUAUGAAGAAAUCAAACUCUUCACGGAAUCAAUCAUAAGGUGGGAUAUUAGUGCCAAAGAUGUUCUUCCAGAUUACAUGAAAUUGAUAUAUCAGGAAAUUGUGGAUAAUUAUAGUCAAUUUGACGAGCAUACUAACAAGGAAGGAAGAUCUUAUGGUUCAGCUUAUGCAAAACAAGCAAUGAAAGAAUUAGUCCAAGCCUAUUUUGCUGAAGUUGGUUGGUUUCAUAGUAAGUGCACUCCAGGGGUGGAGGAAUACAUAUCCAAUGGGGAAGUAAGUGCUACUUAUUAUGCUCUCAUAACGGCCUCGUUUCUAUUCAUGGGUGAGGAGAUUGCAACUGAAGAAGCUUUCAUUUGGGCCUCUAAUAAACCAAAAAUCAUUAAAGCUGCUUCACUUAUUGGUAGACUAAUGAACGACAUUACCUCCCAUAAGUUCGAGCGAAAGAGAGAACAUUGUGCAUCGGCAGUUGAAUGUUGCAUGGAGCAACAUGGAGUUGAAGCAGAAGAAGCAUAUAAAAUGUUGCACCAAGAAAUUGAAAAUGCUUGGAAAGAUAUAAACCAGGAAUUAAUGAAGCCAACUGCUGUAGCAACCCCUGUUCUUGACUGCGUUUUGAAUCUUGCACGCAUGUCAGAUGUUUCGUACAAGGACGGUGACAGCUAUACCAAUCCUCAUUUGAUCAAAGACACCAUUUCUUUGCUGCUUGUCGAUCCUAUAACAACGUUUUUAGCAGUCUAUAUCUUCACUGAUACACAAAACGAUGAGGAUUAUUGCACUGCUGGUUCAAAGGCUGAACAAAAGAAGGCAGAGAAGAUAGCUUUUGAUGUGAAUUUGGAGAAGUUUGACACUGCUGCAAAAAUCAAGGUGAUUAAAGAAGGGCCUUUACCAAUCUAG